GGCAGCCAGGACCCUGACUCUAAAGGCCUUUGGGACCCCCACACACAGAUAGAGGUCCUAGAGCCCGGACCUUUCUUAAUCCAUGGGCUUGGGAAAGAAGAUCACCCUUAUUGGAAAGGUGGUGACUGGACAAUCAGGCACUGUUUUCAUUUCAACAAACCAACAUUUAUUAAGGUUUGAUGUCCAAAGAGGUCUAAUACUCCAAACAGUUGUUGAAUAUUUUCUAAGUCCAAGGCACUGUGCUAACUGGCACAGGGGAUGGAGAAUUCAAUUCAACAUUUAUUUAUUAAACACUAACUGUGUUGUGUGCUAAGGAGGCAGAUGAGAAAAAAGGCACAAUCACUAACCACAAGGAACUCACAAGCCAGCACAUGCAAGUUAGAAUAUAAUAAAUGUAUAGGAAAGAUCCAGAUAGAAUGCAAAGAGAAAGCCUCCUGACUGUAGCUUCUGAGCUGGGUCUUGAAUAAAGGAGGAAGCCUUAGCAAUUGUCCUGCUUUUCAGUAAGCAUUUAUUACAGAGACAAAAAGACAAAACAGUUCCUGCCUUCAAAGGGCUUAUUUUCUAUUGGGGAAAUAAAUACUUAUUGAAUUGAUAUGGGGGAGAAUAGGCUUCCCUCCCCCCCUUUACAUGUAGAAAUAAUGACAAUUACUUUCUGAAAAUUUGGAUGCAGAUUCUUUCCCUCCCUUCCCUUGCCCCCUCCCCCCAAAUAGUCUGAUAUCGAUUAUUCCAGUGCUUUCAUGAAUUACAUAUUUCCAUAUCACUCAUGCUGUGACAGAAGACAUCACACAAUAAAAAACAUAUGAAGGAAAUAAAGUGGAAGAUAGCAUGCUUUGGGCUGCGGUGAGAUUCCACCCGGUUCUUCUUUGGCUGUGGACAGCAUUUUUCUUCAUGAGUCCCUUGGGGAUGUCUUGGAGAUUUGCUUUGCUGGUAAUUGUUUAAUUCUUCACAGUUGAUCGUUCAUAUUUCUAGAAUAGGCAUUUUUUAAGCCUCUACUAUGUGUCUAUGUGCUAGUGCUUUACAAGUAUGAUCUCAUUUGAUCCCUACAAUCCUGGGAGGUAAGUACUAUCAUUACCCUUAUUUUACAUUUGAGGAAACUGAGGUAGAGGUUAAAUAAGCUACUUGCCCAGUGUCCUACAUAAGUUUCUGAGGUCAAAUUUGAACUCAAGUCUUCCUGACUCCAGGCCUAAUACUUGUUUCACUUUGCAAUCUAGCUGUCUCAAGGAGAGAAUUAAUUAAAGAUUAUUUAAGUUUGCAACUUUGUGUGGCUGGGAGGUUGGUAGUAUCAUUAACAGAAAUAGAGAAGUCAGGAAGAAAGGCAGGUUUUCUUGAGGCAAGAUGAGGAGUUCAGUUUGGGUCACACUGACUUUGAAGCUCAGACAGGACAUCUUGAUAUGGGAGGUAUCAAGCAGGCAGAUGGAAGUCCUGGAUUGGCAUGCAAGGGAGGAGUCGAAUCUGGAGAUAAAGAUUUGGGAGUCAUCUGCCUUGAGGUGAAAAUUGAAGCCAAGGGUGUUGAUGAGAUCAUCCAGGGAACAUUUGUAGAAAGACAAAGAGGCAGAUAUGGAGAGAGAAAGAGACUAGAAGGGAGGGAGGGAGGGAGAAAGAGAGACAGAGAAUGGUAGAAAGAAGAGAGAGGGAGGGGAGGAAGACAGAAAGAGGAAGGGAGAGUGACACAGAGGGAGGGAGGGAGGUCAGAUACUAAAAGAAAAAGAAGGAAGGGAGAGAGACAGAAGAGAGAGAUGGGGAAUGAAGAGAGAGGGAGAGAGGGGUAGAUUCUGAGAGAGACAAGCAGAUAAUAAGAGACAGAUGAGACAGAGAAGAGAGAGACUAAGAGUACUAAGUGAGAAACAUACUAAAAGGAGAAAAGUGAGGAGCCUUUUCUUACCACCACCACCCCCAGGUGUUUUUAAGCAUCUGGGAAAGGAACCUCCUGAGAGAGAAGACUAGAAAGUGACUGAUCAAAAAGCAAGAUUAGAAGUAUGUAUUCUUUCUAAAGAGAAAAAAAAAUAGUUUGAGGACAUAGCAGAGGUAAAAGAGAGUUUUUGAAGUUAAGGGGAGACCUGAAUGUGUUUGUAAGUAGAAGCAGUCAGGAAAAAGGAAGAGCCCAAAGAUGGGAGAGUGUACAUUUGAACAGGUCCUGAAGAAGGUGGGAGAAGAUGGAGUCAAGGGCACAGGUGGCCAGAAAGGGAGCCCUGUCUUCCUCAGAGACCAGAGGAAAGGAGAAGGAUAUAGCUUGUGACACAGACUUUGAGGUGUGAAGGAAGAGAGUUUAGGGAAUUUUCAGGCAGAUUUUACCUCCUACUUGACUGAGAAGAUUGAGGCCAACUACUGACAAGGUGAAGUGUUAAUGAUCCAGGAAGCCAAAAGAGAGUGCCACGGAUCUUGGUAUCUACCUGCUGGGAGGAUGGAGGCUGGAGAAACUAUUCUAGAGGCACUGAGACGGGAGGUGAAGGAGGAGGCAGGUCUGGAGUGUGAGCCAUUGACACUACUGGCAGUGGAAGAGCGAGGUCCCCGAUGGAUCCGCUUUGCUUUCCUCGCCCAGCCCACAGGUGGGAUCCUGAAGACUACUGAGGAGGCAGAUGAGGAGUCCCUGCAAGCUCAAUGGUACCCUCAAGCCUCCUUGCCCACUCCACUUCGUUCCCAUGACAUCCUGCCUCUCAUAAGACUGGGUUCCCACUAUUAUGAGAAAGCUAGAUACCCUUCUAUUCUGCCUCAAGAACUUCCCUGCAAGCUUAUCUGCCAGCGGCUCAUAGCAGCCUUUGCCAGUGCCAAGAAUAUCUGGGUGCUGGCAGGUACAGUAGGCAGUCUCCAUUUGCCCAUCACAGCCUGUGGACCUACCCUAUCAGACCAGAAUGGUAGCCUAAUGGUGUCUAUGUUUCGACUCCUUAAAGAGUGCUUGGCACUGCCCCAGCUGAUAGUGAAGACCCAGGGGAUAGUAGGGCUGCAACAUCUGGGCAAGAACCAUGCUGAUGGUAUCUGCCUGAAUGUACUGGUAACAGUGGCCCAUAAAAACCCAGGUGUCUUGGACAAACCACCUGAGAUUCGAGGAAACAGCUUCUCCUGGUGGCAGGUGGAAGAGGAAGGCUUGCGAAGUCACCUCCUACAGAGACUUCAAGAAGUGUCUGUUGUCCCCAUCCACAGUUGAGAUGCUGGGAAAUGAGCACGUGUUUAGGCACUGAUGCCAUUCAGCCAUGAUUUUGAAUCUUCUAGGUUGCCCGAGUCCACAGUGAUCUUCCUGAGGGCAGAUAAGGGCCUUUGGUUCUCGGGUCACCGUCUUUCUAACAACCUAUAAGUGCUGCCUUUUGCUUGCCAAAAAGGACAAUGACUGAACUUGGGCAGAGUUCAGAGCCCAAUGACUGGUCACCAAAGACAGAUUGAAAGCCUACUCAUAUUAGAGUCUGAGGCUAUUAAAACAGCUUGGCUGCAGAUGGAAGCCAUGCCUACUAAUCCCUAGUGACAGUUUGGCCAAUGGUAACACCUUUAUCUUCUUGCACAGUGCUGAAGCCUGUGUCUGUAAGUAGAAGGGUAAAAUGGAGGCGUCUCCAGUGCUGCAGGGUGCCCCUUUCUGAGUAAAUGGGUGUCUGACCAUAUCAUUGCCCUGCUCAAAGAUAGUUCUAUAUUAACUUGUACCCCUGGUAUCUAUGGCCUUCUACGACCCGACUUGUUCUUAAGCUUCUAGCUUUAUUUCAUACUUGCUCCAUUCAUGAAGUCUACAUUCCCACCAAACCAGACUACUAGCUAUGAUGGAACUCAUCUCCCCUCUCUGUGUAUUUAUAUGAAUUUAAGAGUGCCCUUCUUCAUCUCUAGCUGUCGGGAAUCUUUGACUACUUCAUGGAUAAGCUCAGGUGCCACUUCCCCUUGAAGUAGUUAUGCCCCCCCCCAGUUAAUUCUUUCAUUUACCUUGUAUUAAGCUUCUGUAUGUGUCUGUCCUUAUGGUAGAAAUGUAAGCUCCUUGAAGGCAGGGACCUUUGCCAUGUUUCCUUAUAUCCAAUCAUACACAUAGUAUAUAAGUGCUUAAUAAAUGUUGAAUCAAAUUCCC